UCGUUUCAUUCAUUCAUUAGGUCUAUGACAUAGACUCAAUGUGCUUGUUUGUGAUUGGUUUUUUUUUGCUUGUUUUCUGGCUCGAAAUUUUUGUAGUCUGUUUUGGUUUCAGUUUGGUUUUAGAUAGAUUUUUGAAAUAUUUGUUUGAUGAUAUUCAUCCACCGAUGACGUUCAACUACUGACAACUAAAAAAAAAAAAAAUCAAACAAAUAAAUGAAUCAUGGUCAACAUACAUACCAUAAUAAGUAAUUUAUUUGAAUUGUUGAUUAAUAGAAAAUAUCACGUGCAUGUGACAACAAAAAUAUGGCAACGGUUCUCAUCAUAUGAAAAAUUUCGUCUCAUUAACCACCGCCACUAUUAAUCAAGAAUUAAACUUGCCAUAUAUCCGAUCAUUUUAAAAUUGGAUCAUUUCCAUUGUUUCUUUGAUCAUCACCAUAAUCAAUAAUCAAACGGAUACGAAUUAUAUGAAUUCCAAAGUAAAUUCAUCAAUUUCAUGAAAAACAUUAUGAUUGUGACAAAGUGAAAUAUUUAUCUGACAACGGAGUGGAAAAAAAAUUCGCAUAAAACAAAUAAAAUUGAAAUUUAUCGCCAUCAACGUUUCUUUAUAAUCGUUGGGCUAUUUGCCCCAUCUCUUUUUUGUUGUUAUUGUCGUCUACAUUUUGUGAAUUGUGAACUUCAGUGCCAAAAAAAAAUAGAUAGAAUAUAUUCAUCAUCAUGAUGUCAUCACCAACAACAUCAACAUCUGAAAACAGAAUUCGUAGUCGAAGAAAUUUUGUUUUCGACAAUUCAAUUUCAUGCCUUAAAACCGAGAGAACAACAAACAUCGACAUCGACAAUAAGAAUAAGAAUAAUUAUUAUUAUUAUGAUAAUAAUAGAAUCAAGAUGAUGAUGAAUUUUAAUCAAAAUCCAAAUUCAUCGUUUCUAAUUUUGGCUUAUAUUCUAUUAAUUAUUACUGCCAUUACAAUUACUAUUGUGAAUGGUAAUAAUAUUUGUGGUGCAACAGUGAAUUUUCUUUAUUGUAAUUGUGAUAAUCACGAUAAUGCCCUAGAAGCUGAUUGUUUUACUAUUGGAGAAAAUAUUUCAUCAAAUGAUCCAAAAUGGCAAUGGUUUUCCAAAUAUAAAUCAUUGAAACGAUUGAAACUGAGUGGUUAUAAUAAUGUUACAUUACAAAAAUUUCCAAAAAUAUUGUUUCAAUCACAAACAUUACGCAAUUCAUUACAUGAUGUGGUUCUAAGUGAUCUACAAUUCAAAACAUUACCAACUGGUUCGUUCCAGAAUAUGAGCCAAUUAUUAUUGGUUGAUAUUUCGCUUUGUUCACUAAUGGAAAUUCAAACCAAUGCAUUCGAUAAUCUAAUUCGUCUGGAAAAGAUUGCUAUGACCAAGAAUAAUAUUUCAACAUUACCACGAAUGUUUCGUAAUGUUCCAUCAUUAAGAGAAUUAUUUCUUGAAGAUAAUAAUAUAACUAAAUUUGAACGUGGUGUAUUCGAAUCGCUUGAAAAUCUAAAUUAUCUUACAUUGGAUAAUAAUAAAAUUCAAACAUUAUCAUCAUAUUAUUUUGAUGGUCUUGUCGAAUUGAAUUCAUUGGAUUUACGUUAUAAUCAAAUUGAACAUUUACCGAGUCGUGUGUUUGAAAAAUUAUCGAAAUUAGAAAUAUUGGAUUUAAGCCAUAAUAAAAUCGUUGAUAUUGAUGAAGAAGCAUUUGUUGGUUUAAAACAAUUGAAAGAGUUACAAAUCAAAAAUAAUAAAUUGAAACAAAUUGGUACACAAUUACGUGUGAUGGAGAAUUUGAUUGAAAUCGAUCUGGAUGAUAAUGAAAUACAAGCACUUUCGAAAUAUUCAUUUUAUCGUCCAGAUCAGAAACGUUUUGUUAGUAUGAAACUUCGAGAUAAUCAACUAUAUUGUAAUUGUCAAUUAUUCUGGCUGAAAGAAGCAUUCGAAAUGAAUCCAGAAAAUCGUAAUUAUAAUAAUAAGCAACGUUGUUAUCUUGGCCAAGGACAAUAUUCGAAUGAUUUAACUAUUGUACAAUUUUUAAUGGAUAAUUUAACAAUUGAACAAUGUACAUUACCAUUACCACCAACAAUAGCUACUAUUGAUGAUGAUAUUGAAACAGAACCUAUUGAAACAAUUGAUUCAAUUGAAGAAAAUUUUAAUGAAAAAAUAGAUGAUUUACCAGAUAUUCCAACAGAUGGCGAUAAAAACACUGAACCAGAAAUAAUAGACAAAAUCGAUGAAAAUAUUGAUGAUCAUGAAAAUUCUGCAGAUAAUAAUAAUAAUAAUCAUGAACCACCACAAUUGAAUGUAGCUGGAUUUGAUCGUACUAAUUCAAAUGAUAAUGAUAAUAAAGAUAACGGUGUUUGUACAUUGCAUUCAUGGAGUUCAGCAUUAGCUUUAUCAUUUUUAUUGAUCAUCAUUUAUCACUGCCCGUGAAUAAAAUUUGGAAUUUCGCAAAAAACUUAUCUCAUACCAUAUAUACACACAUUCUUAUUCAUGUGGAAAAAAUAUGCCAAUACCAUCAUCAUCAUCAUUCAACAUCCCACAUCA